AUGGCCUUCAUUUUGGAAACCAGAACUACACAAUUGUUUGAUGUCGGUGCUCUUUUGAAGACUCAUUCCAAAUCCAUGGUAGCACACGAAAUCCUGGAUUCAAAGAAAUACAAUUGCGUCGUCUAUUACGAUGAAAAAGAAAAUGUGAUUGUUUAUCAAACGGAAACUGGCAGAAUCGGGUGGGAUUUGCCUGUAGAGGGCCAAUUUUUGUUUCUUAAAACCAAGUAUGGUUUGAAAAACGACAAGAUUUUGCUGUAUCUUGACCAGGCCCAUUGCUUUGGAACCAAUGUCGAUGUCAACAAUCCAUUUGCAGUUUGCGUGGUUACUUUCUCGACCCUUGUGUACACUAAAAGUUUUUACCAAGCGCUCUUAAGAGCCCGAAAGCUGCUGAAUGGAAUUUCGACUGUUAAUCAGUACACUCAGCCUAAAAAAUAUCCACGCCACCAGAUUAAGAUGUUUGUUUAUUCAAUGCUCCAGUAUGAAAAAGCUAUCAGUUCAAUGUUGAGCCAGAGAGACAGGAAAAACUAUGAUUGA